AUGAGUUCAUUGAAGGCACAAGUUAUCGGAGUCUUAUAUCGACGCAUUAUUAUUUAUUGGAACUCCAAAUUGUCCUUAAUUGCAAUAUUUCUCUUUUCAAUUUUGUUUGCUAGCAGCGCUUGUAUUAUUCCUAGUAUCGUUAGUUCCGCAAAUAUAUUAGAUGAAGAGAGAAACCUUCAAAUUUCGAAUUUUGAACCAAAUGAUUUAACAUUUGCAAGAAUUUCUAAUAAAAACUGCUCAUUAUGCGAUACAAUUCAGAUGAAUUUAUCUAACAAAUUUUCAUUCCUAAUUAAAGAGCAGUUUAACACCACGCUUAAAUUUUUAGACUUUGAAUCUUUUGAAAAAUUUGAAAUUUAUCUUCAGAGUAUAGUAAAAAAUCCACAAAAGUACCUUAAUAUUCCAGCCGCAUUUCAAAUCGUUAAUGAUUCUAAGAUUUACCCUCUAAAUGGCAGACCGAACGGAAAUUUUGAACUCAAAAUGGUUUUAAAUCGAACUAUUGGACUAGAAACAGAAGAAUUUUUCAAUAGAGCUCUACUAGAAAUGGUUUUUGAUGAAUACGAGAAUAAAGGAAAUAUCACAGCAAAAUUUUACUACACGGGAUUUAGAGAAUAUUUAGAAUCAAACAAUCCACGUGCAAGAUACGAAUAUUGGAUAAUGCUUACAACACCAAUUGCAGUAAUCAUAUUCUCAGUAUAUCUUUUAAAUCAUACUAUUCAAGAUAUCAAAACGAAUGCUCACUCAUACAUGAUAUCAUGUGGUUUGUCAAAGCUCACUUAUUGGAUUGGUAAUUUCUUGAUUGAUUCUAUCUUAUUAUUAAUUUUUUCGAUAUCAAUUUAUAUUCUUUACAUAUCAUUUGGAGUUACAUCGUUUAGAACAUACUAUAUUCAAACAUUCUUCCUUAAUAUAUUAUGCAAUCUUUCCACUAUUUUCUACACAUACGUUUGGGCUUUUAUUUUGAACAAACCAUAUGGUUCAAAUAUUUUCGCAAUUGUUAAUAUUCUUAUGGCAUUGAUUUGUUUCUUUGUCAGGACAUACCUAAAAGAAGAUAUAAUUUUAUUAUAUCAUGUAAUAGCAUCAACAAUAUGUCCUUUCAUCAAUUGGAUUGAGACAAUGUGUGGGUUCGUUUUAGCAAUUAUUGAAUAUCAAGAUAGUCCUCCGAAUCAUGAAAUUUUCAAAGGUAGAGAAAUUCUAUUUUUAACAUUUAUUAUUUCCUUCACAUUAUAUCCAUCGAUAAUAUAUUUCAUUGAAAAAAUAUGGAAAAGGAUUAAUAAUGUGUCGAAAGAUUUUUAUUUAUCUCAUAUGAAUGAUUUUCAAACAAUUAAGGAAAGUAUGUUAAUCACAGAAGAAGUAUUAGAGAUGGAGAAAGAUGUUUUAUUGAAUGAAGAUAAUUAUUCAAUCCGAAUUCUUGAUGUUUGUAAGAUCUUCAAAGACAAUGAAAAGAAACCUAUUUAUGCAGUUAAUCAAGUCUCAUUAGGAAUCAAGAAUAAUUCAGUCUUUGGUUUCUUAGGUGCUAACGGUGCAGGCAAGACAACACUUAUUAAGAUGAUCUUGUAA